UCACAAAGAUGAAGCUCGUCAGAACGAACGUGGAAAAGUUAUUUAAAUUAAUAUGCAUACAUUUCGUGUGCUUCUCUGUCGUAAACUAUGGACAGUGUCAAGAUCUAGCACAUUCCAUGGAAAAGAUGCACGAGCUGGUUCUUAAUCUACAGGAACAAUUGGAGGCACUGAAAGCAUACGUAAAUCCGAGUAGUUCCACUUUUUCCAAAGCUGAGAGUGACUAUCCGACAUCCUGCUUGACGUCCUUCUUCAAUGAAAGCAAAGUUGAAAGUGGAAUUCACACGAUUCGCGUACCAGGUAUGGCCCCAUUUCCCGUAGCAUGCGAUAACUGCUUGGCUGGCUAUGGCUGGCUGGUGAUACAGAGGCGCUUCAAUGGCAGUCUGAACUUCUAUCGAAACUGGAAGGAGUACAGGGAAGGUUUCGGAAAUCUGAAUGGCGAGUUUUUCAUUGGACUCGAGAAGCUGCGCGCCAUAACUGCCUUGGAGCCCUUCGAGUUGUACGUUGCUUUGGAGGACUUCAAUGGCACGACGCGUUCAGCGAAGUUCGAUGAGUUCGCCAUUGGCAACGAGGAGGAUGGCUAUGCACUCAAUGUCUUGGGCGCCUAUACGGGAAAUGCUGGAGACUCGCUGAGAAGUCAUCGCAAAAUGAAAUUCUCGACCUACGAUCGGGACAACGAUCGAGAGUUCCACAGAAAUUGCGCCUUUCUGCACGUGGGUGCCUGGUGGUACAACAGUUGUGUGGACAGCAAUCUCAAUGGACAGUACAUCGAAGGCGGCAAAUAUGAAGAGAAUCUCUUCGCUCGCGGCAUGUGCUGGAGAGCCUGGCGCGGGCACAACUAUGGCUACAAGUUUACCCAAAUGAUGAUAAGGCCAAAGUGCCGCCACUUUCCAGCUACCUUUGGCAACAAGAACAACACACGACAACACUGCCAGGCACUAUCUUAGCCAUUUCCAUAUGCACAGCCCGCUAUCUAUUGUGAACGUAAUAUGGUUUAA